GGAUCCUUCCAGAGUGUCGGUGACGGGCGCUGCGGUCUUUAUUAAUAGCAGGCUGUAGUAGUGGUGAAAGCUGAGCCGGGCCGACCUCAGGGCCCUGACUCAGCCUGGCCCAGGUCCUGCCGACACCUCCAGCCCGUGUAAGGCGAUCUGGCUCUCGGAACCUCAGUUUCCUGCUCUGUGAACUGGGGAGAAGUCCCCAUCUUUGUCGGGUGGCUGGGAGGGUCCUGUGUGAAGGACUGGCCCCCUCUCCAAGCCUGGCUCGGAGCCAGUGCUGAGGACGUGGGAGAAGCGCUUUGCACACACAUUUCUGAGCUCUGAGCUCCUGGGUCUGAGGGAGGAGAAACUAGGGACCUGCACCCCUGAGUCUGAGUGAGGAGGGGCUUGGGGCCUGGACUCCAGGGUCUGAGGGAGGAGGGGCUGGGGGCCUGGAUUCCAGGGUCUGAGGGAGGAGGGGCUGGGGGCCUGAACCCCUGGGUCUGAGUGAGGAGAGGCUGGGGACCUGGAUUCCAGGGUCUGAGGGAGGAGGGGCUGGAGGCCUGGACCCCCUGGGUCUGAGGGAGGAGGGUCUGGGGGCCUGGACCCCUGGGUCUGAGUGAGGAGAGGCUGGGGGCCUGGACUCCAGGGUCUGAGGGAGGAGGGUCCGGGGGCCUGGACUCCUGAGUCUGACGGAGGUGGGGCUGGGGGCCUGGACCCCUGGUGCCAUGAUGCGGCACUUCAGGAAUGGCCUCCCUGGCCCCUCAGCCCAGCACUCCGUGCCCGGGGAAGAGCCAGAAUGCACAGAGCUCCACGUCAUCCAGGCCAGGAGGACACGGACACGGCCCUCCGGCGGCUGGUGGAGCUGACAGCCCCCAGGGUGACCACAGAGAGGAACCUGCGAGCCCAGUAUCGCCUCAUCCGAAAGCUCGGCUCCGGCUCCUAUGGCCGAGUUCUCCUUGCUCAGCCUCGACAGGGGGGUCCGACCGUGGCCCUGAAGCUUCUACGCCGGGACUCCGUCCUGAGAGCCACCUUCCUGAGGGAGUUCUGCGUAGGCCGCUGCGUCUCCGCACACCCGGGCCUGCUCCAGACCCUGGCGGGGCCGCUGCAGACCCCCCGGCACUUCGCCUUUGCCCAGGAAUACGCGCCCUGCGGGGACCUCAGCGGGAUGCUACAGGACAGGGGUCUGCCGGAGCUGCUGGUGAAGCGGGUGAUGGCCCAGCUAGCCGGAGCCCUGGACUUCCUCCAUAGCCGGGGGCUGGUCCACGCAGACGUGAAGCCCGACAACGUGCUGGUGUUUGACCCCGGCUGCAGCCGCGUGGCCCUAGGAGACCUGGGGCUGACCCGGCCCGAGGGCAGUCCCACCCCUCCCCCGCCGGGGCCACUGCCCUCCGCCCCACCGGAGCUCUGUCUCCUGCUGCCCCCUGACACGCUGCCCCUCCGACCGUCCCUGGACUCCUGGGGUCUGGGGGUGCUUCUCUUCUGCGCGGCCACAGCCUGUUUCCCGUGGGACGUGGCCUUGGCCCCCGACCCCGAGUUCGAGGCCUUUGCUGGCUGGAUGACCACCAGGCCUCAGCCACCUCAACCGCCGCCCCCCUGGGACCAGUUCGCAGCCCCGGCUCUGGCCCUGCUCCGGGGGCUUCUGGACCUGGAUCCUGAGACCAGGAGCUCCCCACUGGCUGUCCUGAACUUCCUGGGGGAUGACUGGGGGCUGCAGGGGGACAGAGGGGCACCUGGGGACUUGGGGGGUAUGUCCGGUGAGGAUGGGGAAGAGGAGGAGGAGGGGGGGUCAAGCCUGGAGGAGUGGACAGAGGAGGAGGAGGACGGUGACCAAGGUGGCGGGAGGAUGGGGACAGAUGGGGGAACUCCCAGACCAGGUGACUGAGACAGGUGGCCAGAGCCUGAGCCAAAGUCCCCUCCCCCAGCCUCCACCGCCACCUGGAUGGAGAGACAGCUGCUUGGGUGAGGACGGAGAGGGAAUACAUUGCAUGUCUCCCUCUCUGCUGGAAGCCAGACUUGGGUGCACCCUCCCUACUGAGGACCUGGGAGCCCAGGACCCUUGUCCCCUCCUCCCUCAGACCCAGGGGGGCCCUGGCCCCCAGCCCCUCCUCCCCAAGCACCCUCCCUUUUCCUUCUCUCCUGAAUGUGUCUGCUUGAACAAAGGCGCUGUUUCCCCUGUAGAUGCAUUUCUGCGCUGCGGGGACCUAAGAGUCCUGACGAGGCCCCUCCUCUCCUCUAAGAUCUUGCAUGACUCCCACUGUCCGCGGCACCAAAUCUGGACUUGCAGGAUCUGACACCUUGGAAACUUCCGCCUCCGCUCACCUGCCCCACGUCCCUGAGCCCCGGAUAACUCUGGGGGAGCCCCGCAUCCUUUGUGGGCCUGAACCUGCACGCACGCACGUGCACGCACGCACACACCUACACGCACGCACGUGCACGCAGGGGCGCAGCUUCGCAGGUCCUGGGUUCCUUUCCCCGGCAGCGCCCUCCUGCGCCCUCUCCGGCCCCGCCGGGAACUGCACCCGAGCGCGGGUCGGGCCUCCCUGCGCUCCCGGCCUCUCUCGGGCGCUCCAACGAGGCCUUGGUCUCCUGUCCCUACGUUCCGCUCACUUCUGCCCCCACAUUCGAGCGCCCCGCGCCUGCUCGCACCCACAGAGCACGUGGCAGGUGGCCGCCCCGGCUCAGGGGCACCCUGGCCUGGAUGGCUCUCCAGCACCCAACGGAGCAGCCCUGCCCCAGGCUAGGGACUUUGGCAGGGACUGUGUUUACUCCCGUGACGCUGCCCUGCGUGCUUUUGUAAAAAAAUAAAUAAAUAAAAUGUGGGUUCACUCAACGCAACUCCCGUGUCCUGGGCUGAACCCUGAGGCAGAAAGAGGUUGUUGGCAGAAAGGCCCAGGGAGAUAAGACGCGUUUGAUCGAGAAUGUCUGGCCUUGGACAAAUGCGCCCUUGGCCGAGAGUCCCUGGCCCGGUGGGGGCGUGGGCGAGGGGACACGGGAGUGCUCAGCCCCAUGU